CGAGUGCUGUGGCUGUGAAAGUUCUAAAUUUUUUUUUUAAAAAAUGCGAUAAAAAGUUUCUAAAUAAAAGUACGUUUUAUUCAUACAAAAACCCGUGAAAAUAAGCGCCAAACUAAAUUAUAUAAUAUGGGCGCUCAUUUAACUUUGAUAUGUUUAGAUGGGGGUGUUGUGAGGCGGUAAUAUAAAUCGUUGCGGAGCACAGUUGGAGCAAUAGGCGAUUAAUAAAUUAUUUCUUUUCUGUGGAUGUAUGUAGUAUAUUCGAACGAUAUGGUCAUUUCAAUAAUAAGCAAUUAAUUAUGAAAGAAUGUUAAAUGAGACGUUUUUAAAAAGAAAAUUAAAAGGACAACUCAACGUUAAACAUAUAAACUAUGAGGCUGAGUAAUAACACAUGAAGUUUGUAUAGCAUAUGUAGAGAUAUGGAAAACAAUAAUAAACAAUAAUAAAAAUAAAUAGCUAAUAGGAAAUAGGGUUGUCAAAUAAAAUAAAUUCAUUGUUUUAUAUGUUUUUUAAGUUAAUUGAAUUCAAUUUACUUAAAAAAUACUUUUUUAAAUAAAACAAACUUUUUUACACACAGAUGGGCAAAUACUUUCACUCAAUCAAAAUUAUUGACUUUCAACUUUAGUUUGUUAAAAUUUUAGGUUCGACCGUUUACAAUUUGAAAGAAAAUGAAAAAUGUUUACGCAAUGUUCGUUGUGGCAGCUAUUUGCUGUAUGGUAAUGGGAUGGAUUUAUGUCCAAACAAGAAAUGCUGGAACGCUAUCAAUGACAAGAUUACGUCCACCGAAAAUAAAAGCCAUACAACGUUACCCGAAAGAAAGGUACAAUGCAUCACUCUUUGAACUACUUCAGUCAGCGAUUAGCACUUUCACAGACAAGAAAAGGAUUUAUGAAUAUUUUACCAAAAGUGAAUAUUUUCAAAAGUUAAAGAACUUUACUUUAGAAGGAAAUAGUAACAGCUCGAGAAUGACUUCUAAACAAAAGAAUAAUUCUUUAUUUCCAAGUUCACUUUCCAGGAGAGAAAACAUAAACAAAAGUGUUGAAUUUUUAUUUUCACUUGUAAAAAGUUGUUUAUCAUUGAUGCGGUUGCAAGGCGUUCUACUAGCAAUCAAUUUUAACUUCCCGCACUAUUCCGUAAUACCUUUCUUGAGGUCAUACUACGCGCCUAUAUUUGGAAAAGUUGUAUUUUGCGGAGCAACAGAAAGCAAACACUACAAAGUGAUCGAAAUAAAAGAAAAUAAAGGUUUCCAAGGUUACUUAUGCGUUGCCAUGGCAAUAAAAUUAUAUCCAGGCUAUGAUGGUUAUAUCCAUACUAAUGAUGACGUGUUGAUUAAUUGGUGGAAUCUACUAAAACUUGAUCAUACUAAAAUAUGGACAGGUUCAAUAGUAAAUUUUGAAAAGGGAUACGUUUUGGGUCAACCAAUUCCAAAAGGUUGGCACUGGUGGCGCACAGGCAAUAAUGCAAAAUUGUGUGAAAAAGUAAUUCACGAAAUUAUAGAUAAUAAACAUAGAAAUAUAGACACGGAACAGUACUAUAGGAAUAUGAAAAACAUUCCAAGGUGUAUCCAGGGAUGGUCGGACUUUUUUUACAUUCCUAAACAUUUUGCAGAAAUGUAUGCCCAUAUGGCAGAUUUAUUUGGCAAGAAAAAGGUAUUUCUAGAAGUAGCUGUUUCUACCAUGUUAUCGUUUUUCUUGAACGAGACAAAUUUUAUUAAUUUAAAUGGAAUGUAUUUAAAUGGAUUGUAUGGCUACUCAAAAACUUACCUGUCAGGUAAAGCAUUUUACGAAAGGUAUACUGUUGAUCUGUAUAUUCUGCAUCCAUUUAAAUUGGAUGGAGCGAUGAAGAAGGCUAAUAUAAAUAUAUUUAAAAACGUUAUAAUGAGUUAUGGUGAGAAUAUUGUAAAGAAUAUGUGCAGUAUAAUUUAAAUUUUUUGUGUGUUAUCUAGCCUAGUUUACUAAGCUUUCCUCAAGAUAUUGAAAUGACUUUUUGUCAUUCGAAAUACUAGAUGCUGACAAAUGUUCCAGACAAAACCCUAAUAGAAAUAAAAA